AUAAGAAAAUAAUUUUUAUUCACAUCCCUAUUGCGUUAGCUAUGUGUUGUUUACAAACAAAAUUAAAGAACUUCAUAUUUAUUUAAAAAAAAAUAACAAAGUGAAAAUGGAGGAAAGUUUAAAAAGAAAGCAGAGUGAAGAGGAAAAGGAAGAGAAAGAUGCAAAGAAACGCAAACGAGUGCAAAGACCAUAUUCGUGUGAAAAACGCAACCAGGGACGAUUUGUAAGCGCCUUUGAAAAUAUGACAAAAACUCCAAGCGAGUUUUUUGAAAACUUUCACAUGACUGCUGCCAACUUUAAUUAUCUCUUCAGUUUGGUGGAACCCUUCAUGAUCCCGAAAAGAAACAUGCGUCCGGAUGCGAUACCACUUAAAGCCAAAUUAGCGACUGUCAUUGAAAUGCUUGCCUCCGGAACUCUGCAACAACACAUUGCCUCAUCAUAUGGUAUAAGCAAACAACAUAUGGGCAAGACUGUUGACCUGGUGUGUAAUGCUAUUUGCUCCGCACUGUCCGGCGAAUUUCCAAGAUGGACCAAACAAAAUAUGUUAAAGUGGGCCGCAGAAUUUGAGGCAGAAUGUGACUUGCCAAACUGCAUUGGAGCCAUUGAUGGCAGACAUGUUCCUAUAAAAGAUCCACCCAAUAGUCACAAAGCGUUCUUCAAUUACAAAGGUUUCAACUCGAUUGUACUUUUGGCGGUAUGCGACGCUUCCUAUCGGUUCACAUACAUUGACGUAGGUGAGUACGGAAGCGAGGGAGACAUAAAUGCUUUCUCGAAUACAAAGCUCGGGGAAGCUAUAUUAAUGGAUCGGCUGGAGUUUCCGGAGGACAGGUCGCUGAAUGCAGUACCGACGCCGUACUUUAUGGCCGGGAGUGAAGCAUUCCCUUUGUAUACCCGACUGAUAACACCGUACGUAGACGAAGCUGUGACAACAACUCAACGAAUUUUCAAUUAUCGUCUUGGACGAGCUCGCCGCUUUACGGAGUACACGUUUGGAAUUCUCUGCUACAGGUGGAUGGCCAUGCAACGCACCGAGCUGUGGAAGCCGGACAGAGCACAGAAAAUUGUCUCCGCCUGUUGUUCCCUCCACAAUUUCAUGAUGCGUACAACUUCCGCGGAUUUGUAUUUUCCCCAAGAGGUUGUAACCGAGACAGCAUUCGCCGACCUUCCGACCUGCUCGGUUCAGUGUGAGGAGGAGGAUGCCGAGUAUGUACGAAACACUCUGUUGGAAUACGUCAACUCUCCAACUGGAUCUAUACCAGGGCAAUAUGAAGAAGUAUUUGAUAACCAAAACGAAGAACAAUAAAUAUCCCAUUUUUCAAAUGUGUUAGAUUUGAAUUUUUUUAAAAGUUGAGUAAAAUCGUUUUAUUGAUAAGUAUCUAUAGACAGCCCUGUUAAAUGUACAAAAAAUAACGGUACCCAGUAAAAUGGGGGAGUCACAGAAAUUA